UGUACAAAGUCAUUUAUUACCCAUUCAGUUUCACGAUUUGUGCGACGAAUGUUCCCAACACACUGAUAAUAAAACGCAUUUAACAGUUUGUUCAAGUUAUCUAAAAACCUUGAAUUCAUUCCAAAUCUGGAAAUUGAGUGAUAUUGAAGGAAAGUAUUACCUGUCAACAUUGCCAAUCUGCUAAAAUGGAUUCGCCUCAACAGGAAAGAAACGUGCUUCAGUUCGCACUGGAUAAUCCGAUCAUUUUAACCGCAAUACUGAAACAGAACCCCGCCCCUUUAAAAGAAGCCCGCCUCGUUUCCCACUUAUGGAACGAAACCGUCCUGUCCCUCCCAUAUCCCAGGCUCGCCUUAAAGAUGAACUAUGAACCCAUCCCCAACGCCCCUGAGGACGAUCGUAACUUUAAGAAAUUCUUCACUUCAAUCGAUGACCGCCUGGCAAAACGAGUUAACGCCAUCUACAUCUUUCAUGUCAGGCUUUUCGGCUGGGACGCCGGCUUCGACGACUUGCAACUAAUCUACCUCUGUAACAAUUAUGGCGACAAAAUUCAAAUUUUCGAGGCCAUCAUUGAUCACGAAAUGGGCCUAAAAUCUUUCUACAAAAUUGCGAAACGUGGCCGUCCGAAUUUGCAACAACUCCGGAUCACGUGCACAUUUCCGCCUAAUCCAGCCUCAUGUCCGGAACAUGAGUACUUUAUGCGUAAUGGGCUCCCGUCAAAACCGAAUUUGACCUUAUUCACGCUAAGUUCGAAAGCCAUGACCUAUAUGCUGACCAGAUUUGUUCAAGUGUUUGUCGACGCGGCGCCAAAUUUGAAAGUUGCCACGAUUCCGUUAGGAUUUUAUCCAAAUUUUGCAAAUUCGAAGUUUCUCACGUCUCUUACAAUCGCGAUAGAUGGCGUUGACCAAUCCUACUUCGAUGACCCAGCAUAUAAACCUGUAGAACUGUGCAGAAUGUUGGAUCAAGUCCGUGACCAGCUGGUCACCCUGAAUUUUUGCAGUGUCGAGAACAUCCUUGGACUGAAAAACAUCGACGAAACGAGCGAUUUCGACAAUUUGGUUCCCACGAUCGGAAUUCAGUUGCCGGGAAGUAUGCCGAAAUUGGUAAAAUUUAGGAACGAAAUGGUCGAAGUUUUUCGAUGUGACGAUUUCUUGAUGAAUGCCGAUACUCCGAAAACUUUAUUGAUUGGGAAGGGAUUUAAAUGGUCGGGGCGAUUGGAGGAAAUUUUGGAAAAUGUGGUUCAUUCCAGAAAGGUUUUGAGCAGUGUUAGAAACUUGGAAAUUACCGAGUUACAUGAUCUCCAACUUUUUGGCGGGUUGGUGACGGCAUUUCCUAACUUGGAGAGGUUGAAGGUGGAAUCGUUUUAUUGUACGGAUUUUAAGGGGGAGGAGAGCGAGAUGGAGUUGGGUGUGGUUCUGAAGACGUGUAAGGGGUGGAAGGGGUUGAAGCAUUUGGAUUUGGCGCUGCCGACGUAUCCGAUAGAAAUUUUGGAAAUUAUAAAGGCCCUGUUGGAGGUUGGGGAGUUGUAUAAACGUCUGAGAACUUUGCAAAUUGAGACGUACAAUGGAAAUUUUUUGAGGCAUGAUUUGACCCUGGAGGAGCUGGACCUUUUCAAGCAGCUUUUAUUAGCAAUGGAUGGAAUGGACGAGGUCAAAAUUACAAAUCUCAUUCUGAGCAAGAAAUCCGUUGAAAAUUUGGUCGCUUUCAUCGAGGCGAAUGCAAUGUCGCUCUACAAGUUUAACCUACUGCGGACCGAUUAGUGGCAACCACUAAUUUACCUCGGGAUUAAAAAUCAACUUAUGGUUGGUAUUUUAUAGGUUGGCCUGCCAUAAUCUUCAUAUCAAACACAUAGUUACGUACAAAAUUUAAUUUCAUUCAUGGACUUGUGCACGUAUUCUAAAUAUGUACAUAUGUAUAUAUGCAUGUACUUUCGAGCGGUUUUGAGGGCAAAAUAUAAUAUUGUUUACAAGAAUACUACACAGUUAAACAUAUUGGCGGCAAGGCUAAUUUAAUAGGUAAAUGGAUACCUACAGAUAAAUUUAGCUUAAUUAUUUGAUGAACUUUAUUUCCAUACAAAUUAUUGUAAUAAAUAUUAUGUAGUAUACAACUAAAUACUUUAAAAUGCGUAUUAGAGUGUAUUUAGAAAGUGUUACACCACUCUUAAAAAUAAAGUUACCAUUUUAGAACAAUUAGUGCAGCCUCAAUGCAUAAUGCUAAUGUGCAGGUUUGGUGGAUAUACAUUUAUUUGAAUUGGUGUACAUGGCUUGCGAAUAUGGAACGGAAAAAUUUUGUCAAAUU